AUGUCCGCCUUCGCAGAUGGGACGGCAGGCCAACGCGCUCGUGGUGGCGGAAAGCGCAACGGCGGCAGGGCUGCCGCGGCCAAGGGCGGUCCCUCGGGCAGGCAGUCGCAGGAUGCGGAUGGAGGCGACGAGGGGGAUCAUGCCGAGCCGGAAGCUCGUGGUGGCGGAAAGCGCACCGGCGGCAGGGCUGCCGCGACCAAGGGCGGUCCCUCGGACUCGCAGGAUGCGGAUGGUGGCGACGAGAAGGAUCAUGCCGAGCCGGAAGCUACUGGUGGCGGCAUACGCAACGGCGGCAGGGCUGCCGCGGCUAAGGGCGGUCCCACGGGCAGGCAGUCGGAGGAUGCAGAUGGUGGCGACGAGUGGGAUCAUGCCAAGCAGGAAGCUCGUGGUGGCGGCAUGCGCAACGGCGGUAGGGCUGCCGCGGCCAAGGCCGGUCCCUCGGGCUCACAGGAUGCGGAUGGUGGCGACGAUAAGGAUCAUGUCGAGCCGGAAGCUCGUGGUGGCAGCAUGCGCAACGGCGGCAGGGCUGCAGCGGCUAAGGGCGGUCCCUCGGGCAGGCAGACGCAGGAUGCGGAUGGUGGCGACGAGAAGGAUCAUGCCGUGCCUGCAUGCCGUGGCGUUAACGAUCAUGAUGAGGACGAGCCAGCAGCUGUGACUGAUGGGAAAGGUGGACGUGAAGCUGUGAUUCCCUACCAACGGCGCAAGGCUGUGGAUCCGGGCAGUUGCGACCAUAAGGCGAGACAAGCUCGGCGCGGCCCCAAUGUGCACAUUUUGAGCUCGUCUGGUUCCGAGGAAGAUUCGAGCGACAGUGAGUCGGGCAGCUCAUCCGGGAGUGAGGAGGUAUACGAGGACGAGGUUGAGGAGGAGGAGGACGAGGAUGAUGAGGAGUUGGAGCCGGAGAGCGAGGAUGGGGAGGAGGCUCGGCCUUUGCAGAGGAGGAGUGUGAGGAAGCUCAAAAAGGGCAACGCUAAGCAAAAGUCGGAGAGGGGACGGGUAAAGAUCUGUAAACAGAGUGUGCGUCGUGCCAAACCACAAGGCAAGCGCCAGAGACCUCGAUUCGAAGCUAAAAUAGUGGGUGUGCGUAGCAAGGCGAAGCGGGAGUUGAAUUUUUACGAAUCAAUGGGGAGACGAUGUCCAUCAAGCUCUCAUGAACGGCAAGCCGCGGACCCGUACGCUGCGUUACGCGAUCCGAGGGGUUCGGCUGGGAAGGGAGAUCAGAUGGCUUGGGGGUCAGCGCGGUUUGGCAAAGAAGCGACGGACCCGCCCCCCAACCAUAUGGGGGGUCGCGCGGUUCAUGUGAAGAACGAGGGGGCAACGAAGCGGCACGAACCCUCGGUAGCUGCAGCAGCGAAUGACGGUCUGGGAGGUGUGUGGGCGAAUGCCUUGGGUGAAUGUGGCGGCGGUGUGGAAGGCUCCAUGUGGGAUAUACGGGAGAGCAGGGGAGAAGGGGGGGACGAGAAAAUGGAUCCAGCGACUAAGGAGGGGAGGGGAGAGAGCAUGGGCACACCUGGCGCAUCCAGUCGGCCGGAUGUGGCUGGCGGCAGGACUGUGGAGCAGCUCAUGCGAGAGCUUGCCCAGCGGGAUCGCGAAAUCGCUGCACUCAAGGCAAGGCCAGGAUCAAAAGGAGCUGUCAAGCCCUGCACCCCUCCAUCUAGGCCUCCUCCUCUAGCAUCUCUGUCGAGCGGCCCAUCUAUAGGGGGCCUCGAUCCAGACGUGGCGCCAGAAAGCCCAGCGACGGUAGACGUAGCGGUCCGUCGAACGCGUGGGAUGCCCACACCCAAGCUGCUGAAGUUAUCCAUCCUCCAUUGGCCCCUCUCUCCCAUCCCUUCCCACCCUAAACCAGAGCCCCUGUUCAUGGUGCUGGUGCUGGUGUGGGUGGCACGCGGCGCAAGGAUAGCUCAUUGUGUCAGUAAUCCUUCCUAUCCCUCCCCCCUCUCUCCCAUCCCUCGCCUAGCUCUUCCAGAGCCCCUGUUCCUGGUGCUGGUGGUGGUGUGGGUGUCAUGCGGCGGAGGGAUAGCUAAGCAUAGCAGUCAUCCUUUAUCUCACUCCCCGCUCUCUCCCAUCCCUCCCCUCCCUCUGCGAGAGCCCAUGUUCAUGGUGCUGGGUGUGGUGUGGAAUACAUGUCGUAGCCCCUGUUCAUGGUGCUGGGGGUGCUGUGGGUGUCAUGCGGCGGAGGGAAUAGAGGAAGCCGUAUCCGUCAAUCCCACGCAGCCCCCUUUCUGUCCGCCGCUCCUCCCUCCCCUCUCUAUCCCGUCCCUCUCCCUCGUCGUCCAGAGCCACUGUAAAAGAGCUCCUGUGCAUGGUGCUGGUGGUGGGGUGGGUGUCAUGUGGCGGAGUGAUCAGCCCCUGUUCAUGGUGCUGGGGGUGGUGUGGGUGUCAUGCGGCGGAGGGAAUAGAGGAAGCCGUAUCAGUCAAUCCCACGCAGCCCCCUUUCUGUCCGCCGCUCCUCCCUCCCCUCUCUAUCCCGUCCCUCUCCCUUGUCGUCCAGAGCCACUAGCUCCUGUGCAUGGUGCUGGUGGUGGGGUGGGUGUCAUGUGGCGGAGUGAUCAGCCCAUGUUCAUGGUGCUGUUGUUGCUCUCCCCUUCCCUCCCGCCAUCCCGUUCUCUCCCUCCCUCCAUUUCUCUUCAGCCCUCCCCUUCUCUCCCGCCCUCCAUGUCUCUCCUGCCCUCCCCCUCUCCCCUGCCCUCCCCUUCUCUCCCGCCCUUCCCUGCUCUACUGCCCUCCAGCCAACCCUCCAUUCAUUCUAUACCGCCCUCCACUUCGUCCAUACCCUUUGGACAACCCCUAACCAUGUCGUGCAUGAUCUUCGUCCCCGCCUUGUUCUGCGUGCGCGCAGGAUGGAAUCAGCGGGGCUUGGCAAAGGUUAAGAAGACCGACUGGAACGUCUCGAACUCCCACCGCAAGAACACCGAGUGGAUGACGGGUUUGCACCAAAAUGUGCGGUGGAUUAUCAAGGACCACUUCACACGCCACACCCCCGUGUACAACACAGACGUGCAGGGCUUCAAGUGGGGCGACCGUGGCCUGUAUGUUCACGAGUCAGGAUUUGAGGCGUUCAAGGGGAAGGCCGUGCCUGACGAGGAGAAGAAGGACUUGAAGGAGGAAGAGCAGGAGGUGUACGACGCGGAGGACUUGAAGACGGAUGACGAGGAGGAUGACGAGGAUCAGGAGGAGGAGGAGGAGGAGGAGGAGGAGGAGGAGGAGGAGGAGGAGGAGGAGGAGGAGGAGGAGGAGGAGGAGGAGGAGGAGGAGGAGGAUGAGGAGGAGGAGGAACAACUCAACUCAAAGUGUGAGACCCACCGGCUGGACGUAGUAGAAGGCAGAGCAAGCUGGCAGCAGCUCUUUCACCACGAGCUCGCGACCCUGGGGAAGGAGAGCGGAGCAGUCGAUACCCUGGAGAAGAAAGGGCAGUGA